GUUCCAAUGCCUCCCAAUUAUUUUAAUUGAAGUGGUCUUUCUCGGGCUAAAUAUCUCUGAUUAAAUCCACGAGUUCCGCUACGUCGUUAGAUCAUCAUCAUGUUAAAUAAAGGGAUAUAAAAUACUGGACAUAUCUAGCAUAGAGGCCGUCUACUAUCUAUAAAUCAUUUUUCAUUUAAUUAAUCCAUGAACCAGAGAUAUGUCAGCAAUUUAGCAUAACAUUCAAACAUCAUGUCAACUUUCGCGUGGUUAAGAAGGUGACGUGCACGCGCUGAAUCAUCUUGACGCGAUCUCCUGACCUGUUUUAGAAUAGUGUACAAUAUCUUCUUUGAUGUGAAGUCAUAGUUCAUCCUAUCACACAACCUAACGAAACUAACAGGAAAACCGCCAACAACUGCUGAGAAUGGGGUCGUUUUUGUCUUAUCCGCUGGUGAAAGCGCCUGACAGUUACGACCUUCCUGAAUCUGAGUCUGAGGACGAAGAUCAAACAGAUCUUUCUUCAGAAGUACAUAAAGUAAAUCUUAGGUCUUGUAAACACACGGUCUGGAAGAGGAUGCGAUCCAGAAAUGAACAGACCAGGUUUGAUGAAUACAGGCAGAACUGGAAUGAUGUGGUUAUGAAGUUAAAGGAGAAUUCCCCCCAAUGGACACCUGAAGACCUCUUGAACCUUAGACAUCAAUUUGAGGUGUUUGACAAAAAUGUUGAACAGCUUCUUGAUUAUAAUGAGCUCAAUACGGCUCUAGACUUCAUUCAGGAUCAGUCCUCUCCCGAGCAGCGAAGAGCGAUGUUUGAGAGUGUAGACACCCAUCAGUCUAACUCCAUAAACUUUGAGGAGUAUCUUCAGCUGAUGAACAAUAUUACAAUUGGGACACCUGUACCCAGAGCUCCUAAGACUGAGGAUGACAAAGACCCUGCCAUUAUGAACAUAAUCUCUGGUGUAGCAAAAGCAGACCCCUUUUCACAAAUGUGCUAUGGUUUAUUCUAAAUUACA